AUGCGGGAGAAUUACCAGAUGCUGCUCUCGCUGGCCCUGCCCUUCUGGUUCCAGGUGCCGGUGGCCUUCGCCGAGGUGACCGUGUGGUUCUCCCGGGAGGAGUGGGGGCUCCUGGACCCAGGGCAGAGGCAGCUCUACAGGGACGUCAUGCGGGAGAAUUACCAGAUGCUGCUCUCGCUGGGAUUCCCUGUCCCUGAUCCAGCCAUGAUCUGUGGGAUGGAGCAAGGGGAAGAGCUGAGGGUCCUGGAUCUCCAGGGCUCUGAGGAAAGGGAGAUCCCGAGAGGCGCCUGCACAGUAGGUUCCAGAAUAGAGAAGGAGAAUUCCCAGCAGGAAGGGCCUGAGGGAGCGAAGCCGAAUGGGACAUCCUGGAGCUCUGGCAGCGGCACAGGACGGCAGCGGGGAGAGGAGCCAGGACACAGGUGCAGGAGGGCCAGGCCCUUCAGCUGCGGGGACUGUGGGAAAAGUUUCACCAAGAACUCGGAGCUAAUCAAACACCAGCGCACGCACACGGGGGAAAGGCCCUACCAGUGCCCGGAUUGCGAGAGGUGCUUCGCCAUCCGCUCCAGCUUGGAUCGCCACCGGCGUGUCCACACGGGUGAGCGCCCCUUCCCCUGCACCCACUGCGGGAAGAGCUUCAAGCUCAGCUCCGCCCUGAGCCAGCACCGGCGCGUUCAUGCUCAGCAGGGGCCUUGCUUCUGUGCUGAGUGUGGCAGGGGCUUCAGAGACAGCGCUGCAUUGAUCCAGCACCAGGCUGAGCACCGGAACGACAGAGAUCCCACCAACGGCCCUGUGGGGACACGGGUCUACAAGGACCCUUUCAUCCAGGCGUGGGACUUUGACGGGGAGGCUGUGGGAUGUGAUAUCCUGAGCGUCCCCAUCCCUGACCCUGCUGCCAGCUCCCGGAUGGAGCCAGGGGAAGAGCCGAGGGUGCCGGACCUCCAGGGCUCUGAGGAAAAGGAGACCCCAAGAGGCGCCCGCACAGCAGGUGCCGGGAUGGUGAGCGAGCAUGAGGAGGCGAUUCCCCAGCAGGAAGGGCCAGCAGGCGCACAGCUACACAGGACGCCCCAGAGUCCCGCGCGGGGAGAGGCCGUCGAGAACCAAGGUGGGGUGGGGCUGGCAGAGCGGAAGGCCCAGGCCGAAUCCCCACCCCCGGCACGGCACAGGCGGGUGGGGCGCGUCAUCUGUGGCGACUGCGGGAAGAGCUUUGUGAAGAACUGUGACCUCUUCAAGCACCAGCGGGUGCACACGGGAGAGAAACCCUACAGCUGCCCGGACUGCGGGCGGAGCUUCACCUUCCACUCCACCCUCAGCAAGCACCAGCACAUCCACACCGGCGCCCGGCCCUACCCCUGCGCCGAGUGCGGGAAGAGCUUCCGGCAGAAGGGCCACCUGACCCGCCACGCCCGCGUCCACGCCGGGCUCAAGCCCCACUUCACCGCCCCCGGCCGGGGCCACUCCGGGGAGCGGCCCAACGCCUGCAGCGUCUGCGGGAAGAGCUUCACCAAGCGGCACUCCCUGUUGCAGCACCAGCGCUCCCACACCGGGGAGAAGCCCCACCAGUGCCCCGACUGCCCCAAAAGCUUCAUCGCCAGCUCGGCCCUGGUGCAGCACCGUCGCAUCCACACCGGGGAGACGCCCUACCGCUGCGAGGAGUGCGGGCGCAGCUUCAGCCAGCGCUCGGUGCUGACCACGCACCGCCGGCUGCACACCGGCGAGCGGCCCUACAAGUGCGGCCAGUGCGGCAAGGGCUUCAGCCAGAGCUCGGCGCUCACCCAGCACCGCCGCACCCACACCGGGGAGUCGCCCUACGGCUGCGCCCAGUGCGGGCGGAACUUCAGCGGCAUGUCGGCCCUCAAGCGGCACCACCGCACCCACACCGGCGAGCGGCCCUUCCGCUGCGCCCAGUGCGGGAAGGGCUUCAAGCAGAGCUCCACGCUGGUCCAGCACACCCGCAUCCACACGCAGGAGCGGCCCUUCUCCUGCACCCACUGCGGCAAGAGCUUCAGCCAGCGGUCGGCUCUCGCCAAGCACCAGCGGACUCACGCCAAGGGGAGCGGCGGGGCCCACGAACCCCUUUGUCCAAUAAAGGAGGAGCCAGGGAUGCUCCUGCAUGUGAAAGAGGAGGCAGAACCGCCUCAGCAUAUUCAAGAUGGCUCCCCGCAGGUUAAAGAGGAGCAGCCGGAGCUGCCGCAGGAAAUUAAAGAGGAGCUGGCACCUCCACUGCAGAUUAAAGAGGAGCCUGAGUGA